CUGGCUGUACCCACUCCCCCUCCCUCCGCAAAGGUCCGCAGUCUCUUGGUCAUCCCCUGUACUGUCUUGCAGUCUCUUGGUCAUCCCCUGUACUGUCUUGCAGUCUCUUGGUCAUCCCCUGUACUGCCUGCAGUCUCUUGGUCAUCCCCUGUACUGCCUGCAGUCUGGUCUUGGUCAUCCCUGUACCUGUACUGUCUGCAGUCUCUUGGUCAUCCCCUGUACUGUCUGCAGUCUCUGGUCAUCCCCUGUACUGUCUGCAGUCUCUUGGUCAUCCCCUGUCUGUCUGCAGUCUCUGGACAUCACCUGUACUGUCUGCAGUCUCCUGGUCAUCCCCUGUACUGUCUGCAGUCUCUGGUCAUCACCUGUACUGUCUGCAGUCUCUGGUCAUCCCCUGUACUGUCUGCAGUCUCCUGGUCAUCCCCUGUACUGUCUGCAGUCUCCUGGUCAUCCCCUGUACUGUCUGCAGUCUCCUGGUCAUCCCCUGUACUGUCUGCAGUCUCUGGUCAUCACCUGUACUGUCUGCAGUCUCUUGGUCAUCCCCUG